GGACAAUACUUUAUAGAUCUGUGAAGUUUUAUCGUCAAUGAUUUGAUAACCGCCCCUUGUCAAACACAUUUUAAUGGGACAAACAUCGAUGGUCAAACAUAAUGGACGAGAGCAGUUGACGGUAGGGCACUGCUCGAAAAAAUACUUUGACAGCAUGGGUGAAAAUAUUAGGCGAAGAGGCGUUAGAAGACUCCAAUUCAAGUAAAGGCGGGCACGAUGGCGGAACGGGCUGGCGGGGGCGCUUCGGCCGCCAUCUCUCCAGUGCAGCAGAUGCUGGCUUCGGGCACCGGGGCCCUCCUCACGUCCCUUUUUGUGACGCCUCUGGACGUGGUGAAGAUUCGACUUCAGGCCCAGCAGAGCCCCCUCCAUCAAGCUUUAACUAGCGAUGCUGCUUCCUGGGCCGGUGUCGCUCGCCCCGCCAAGUGGAGGUGCUUCCUGUAUUGCAAUGGCUUAAUGGAUCACAUCUACGUUUGCCAGAAUCGAAGCAGCUGUACCGCCUGGUACAAGCCGCAAACGCAUUUCAGUGGCACCCUGGAUGCGUUUGUGAAAAUCACCCGCCACGAAGGCCUCAAGUCUCUAUGGAGCGGACUCCCACCCACACUUGUCAUGGCCGUGCCCGCCACCGUCAUCUACUUCACCUGCUACGACCAGCUGCGGGACUUCCUGCGUUUCCGCAUGGGUUUCCACGGCGACCACAUCCCGCUCCUUGCCGGGGGUCUUGCCAGACUGGGCGCCGUGACGGUCAUCAGUCCUCUGGAGCUGAUCCGAACCAAGAUGCAGUCACGCCGCCUGACGUAUGGCGAGUUGCGCGUGUGCAUCCGUGGCGCCGUGGCCCAGGGUGGGCCGCUGUCGCUGUGGCGCGGCUGGGGACCAACAGUGCUCAGAGAUGUGCCCUUUUCGGCCAUUUACUGGUUCAACUACGAGUUGGUGAAAGCUCACUUGUGUCAACGCUCUCAAAUCCCGCAAGCCAACUUUGCAAUUAGCUUCACCGCAGGCGCCGUUUCAGGAACGAUCGCCGCUAUCUUGACGCUUCCCUUUGACGUGGUGAAGACUCGCAGGCAGAUACAGCUGGGAGAGAUGGACACACUUGGAGCACCAUUAAAGAAAACUGCAUCCACCUGGCACAUCAUGAGGGACAUUUGGAGCGAUGUUGGCUACCGGGGGCUCUUUGCAGGUUUCAUGCCACGGGUGAUCAAAGUAGCGCCAGCCUGCGCCGUCAUGAUCAGCACUUAUGAGUUCGGAAAAGCCUUCUUCCAGAAGGUUAACCAGGAUCGCCAGCCCGUCACGUCCUGAAGGGAUGUCGGAAUCUUUUACAUUUUUAGGAUCAUGUAAUGUGAGUUUUAGUACAAUGCAGGUUUUAAGUCUCCUCAUCCCAGAAGAGAGAACCACGUUCUGUUAAAUCGGAUCCAAUUUUGUAUUUCUGUUGAAUCGACUGUAUCGACAACUGUCGCCAUUAAUCCUAAUAUGCAAUGCCUCAUGGGAAAUCCAUGAUGAAAAGAUUGCAUGAUCUCCUGAACACGCAUGGACAUUCAGUCAACAGCGCUCAUAUAUAAACUCGUGUUCCUCACACGUGAAGCGGAGCCAUGAAGAAUAUGAAUGCACUUCUGUACAUUUCAAUGCAAGCACGAAAUAGCCUCGCAGCUUGAAAAAUAGGACAUUUCCAAGCUGAUUCUUUUGAGGAUACUUUCAACAGCGCUGUGUUAUAGAGUAGAAUUAUGUUGCCUUAAGAUGGAAUGUUUCAUUUUUAAUUAAAUGACAUCAUGAAGUAGUUGGAGUUUUGUUUUAUUUGGGAGAUUUUGGAAGUUUAUUGUACAUCCCUGGGCCGCCAUCGACAUUCUGUGUUAAUAAAAGUAAAUUUGGAGGAGAAAAAAAAACUUG